UUUUCUUCCUCACUGAGUAUCUGGCAGGAGCUGUAUUUAAGGAAGCCUGACGGAGCGGCCUUAAUGUGGCUUUUCUUUGUUGCUUCUGUCUUGAAGAUGGUUGACUGUGCAAGAGGGAUGGUGUUUCUUUGGACAGUUGGGUUUCUGUGGCCAUUGGCCGUCCAGGUUUGGGCCCAAGCAGCUGACGUGUCAACUCCGACCGUGGCUUCCAGCACCACGGCCCAGAAGGGAUUUUUCAGGAACCUCUUCAAUGCUGCAAAGGGCCUGAUGUGGAGUGACGCCUCCGAUGCUGUGGUCACCACGGUGGCCAGUGAGCCAGCAACCACAUUUGCUAGCCCCACAGCUUCCAGCACACAGGCUCGAGUCGAAUUCAUACAAGCUGCUCAGUCCAAAGACGUUGCCAAGAUGAACUUCUCUCUCCGGGUCCUGGAUGAUGGCUUCCACGUUCCGGUCGAACGCCGUGUCUAUGUGGAAGGCUCCGAGAUCCGCUUGGAAGCCAGAGUCCAGCCAGGUCCAAGCCUGUUCCCCAAGAUCUUCAUUGACGAGUGUUAUGGGACAGAUAGACUCCACCUGAACCGCGCCAGGAGGGCCUACAUCAUUGUGGACAACCAUGGGUGUCUGUAUGCAGAGGAGGCCGGGACUGCAGCCUCUUGGUUUCGGAAAGAAGACUCUGUGAUUGUGUUCAUGCUGCCCGCCUUCCUAGUGACGGGUGAACUGGAGGAAGAGAUCUACAUCCACUGCUUCCUGACGGCAUGGAGUCGAAGGAUCCCCACAAACUCUGGCAAGAAGACCUGUUCCUGGGACAGUGCCUCUUCCCGGUGGAAGAACAUGGACGAGCCAUCCCAGGCCUCGGUCUGCAAUUGCUGUGACACCCACUGCCCAUCUGCAUCCCAUCACUCUGGACUUGUCCCAGCCUUUGCAGGCGAAGGAAGCCGGCACAGAGUUGUGGUUGGACCUCUGACAGUGCAGAAGGAAGGCGUCCCAUGGUUUGAAGGGCAGUGCCACACCAUGAAGAAACUACUGCUGGUCAGCAUUGCCUUUGUGGGCAGCUGCAUCCUGGCUGCCCUCUUUGUUGGGACUCUCCUGGCUCUGGCCCUGGCCUUAUUCCGCUAUUCCCGAAUGGGCAGAGGACACCAGCUCCUGAAAGACCGGAAGGAGCAGCCCUUCCAGACAGAGCUGCAGACGGUGGUCGGGGCCCUGGCCAUGGCCGAGGCGGAAGCCACGGAGAAGGAAUCUAGCCUGGACUAUGUCAAGCUGAAAUCAGACACCCUAGAGAAAGUAUAACCCUGUCCUUUUGCGUGAAAAUAAAAAAAUAUUUAAAAAUUUCCUAA